CGUUUUGGAAAAAAUUUACGAGCAAUUUAAAUUUAUGUUUUUUAUAAGUUUCUUCCUGCGCCCCUGUCCAUUCACAGAACUGAUUUUUUUCACUGCAGCGUUUUACAAAAUGCAUCAAUUCUUUGGGCCGAGAGUGCUCAAAUCUCACCACUGCUGAUGACCAGCAAUCAGAGUACGAUUACAACGGCGCGUCGUGGAGCUUAACUGUCGCCCAUUGUUACGAGAAUUUUCAGGUCUAUGGGAAAUGAAUUCUCCCAGGCGCUCGCAGAGGGUUCUAGCCUUGGGAAGAGGCUCCGUCCUUCCUCUGGCCGUCGCCGUUCCUAAGCGCAGAAAGUUCGCUGUCCAUCGCAGUCCCAACGACAAUCUUAAUGGCAAUGGCGUCGAAGAGGAAAGCGCCAGCAGCGCUCGUUCAUCGAGAAAAAGACGCUACCGCUCUCCGAAUAAUGCUGAAAUAACCAGCGAGACAAAGCAGUUGGAAAACUGCGAAAGCAAACAGACAUCGCGGAAGAAAACAGCGGAGAAUACAGCGUCAAGCACUUUCGUGGAAUUGGCUCCUGAUAAGACAGAGAAUAACGAACCUCGUGGUACAAAAAUUCGGAAUAAAUUUCCCACGCCAGUUCGACGAAGUACCCGAACUGCCCAGCCUACGCUAAAAGCCUUGGAAGGAUUCGCAAGGCUUCCUCCGCGCUCUAAACGGGGUCAGCAACGUGCUUCUGAUUCGAUGCCUUCGUCCUCAACAGUUGUAGCUGUGAUUGCGCCGUCGAUACAGCUUCAUAGUUGGGCGGCUUCGGUACCAAGUGUUCCUUCGUGUUUGCUGAAAAAACACAAACCCAGUGUGAUCCAGCAUAAUUCCUCAGCGUCAGUAGUGGGUUCCAAAAGAAAGCGAAAGCGGAAUGCCGCAUCUAAUAGGGAACACAGCGUCCCUGCUAUAUCCCAUACUGCAUUGGAAGCCUAUGAUAGCGAUCUGCCGAAUUCGAGCGAAACUCAAAAUAUGACUGAAUCCACGGUGAAUGGUGUGCAUGCAACUGUAGCAGUGGAAGAUGCUGCGCAAUCGAAUAUUCCGCUUACGGACGGUAUCCUGUCAGUUCGUGCGAAGAAAACGAUAAAACCCAAACCAAUCAAAGGAAGUGCGGCAAAGAAAACAUCAAUCGCGAAGGCAAAAGCGGUUUCGGCUGUUAGUAUCGAGGUUGGGAAUGUCGAUCUGCCGACUCUUCCACCGGAAAUGGAUAGCCAUAUUCAGAUAUCAGCAGAAACUAAUAAACCUCUAGCUGUUGCAACAAGCUCGGAAGGGCCGCCAAAUCGACGCAAAACUCAACGAAGUUCUCGUCCGAGUAGAUUACUAGUCGGUGGAAGUGCCUCGAAUUCGAUUUCUCAUUAUAUUGCAACGAAAAGGAAAAGGCAAUCUGCUUCGACUCGUGCCAGAAAUCCACAGACAAUUCUGAUACAGCCAGCUGGAAGUAGUCAGGACGGGCUCAAAAGCGAUGUUAUUCCACCGAGUACAGCAGUGGAGGCAGAAAUUACGCAUUCUUCUGUGGAAAUGGAUGCAAUGAACAUGAACACCCAAACAAUACCCAAGCAGUUUCGAAUCACAACUCCAAGACGCCGAUCGAAGAAAUCGGGAAACAGUGUGUUACCUGCCCAGCCAGGGGAAGUAAUUCCAGUGGAGAAGAUAGAUCGUCGAAAAUCUAGUGAACUGGAUAUUUCUCUGAGUCAGAGUUUUAUUCUGCCAUCCCAGCAACUGCGGGAUGCACGAUCUCGUAGCAAACUGUCUUCGAAAAGCAGUGGUUCCCGUUUAGACAGUGUCCAUGCCAUUUUUAUGGUGGAUACACAACCGGUAUCUGCUUACAAGAGAUCCAAACGGAAGAACAGCGGUGUUGAUGAGGAAGUGGAGUGGUUCUCUUUGGACGAGACAUCGCUGGACGGUACGAUCGUAUCGCCAGCUCGGAUUUCCUACCGUCCAAAAGACCAUGCUAUACUGGAUACUAUAGAUGAAAUUGCCGAGCUGCCGGUAUUGCCGCUUGUGAUCGGCGAUGCGGAUGUGCAAGUGCAGCCUACUGUCGAAGUUUUAGCAGACGUGGGAUCUCCACCGGAUUUAUCGCGCCAAACAAGUACCGGCAGCGCCCUGGAGGAGGUUGCGUCCCCCACUGCUGAUCGUUUUCUGUCACCGGUGACCAGUGACUUUUCUGGUGAUUCCUGGCAUUCCGCGAUGGAUGUUUUCGAAAACGAACAUCCGGUACCUGGUAACUACAAAAACUCAGAGAAAGGAAGCGGAUCCGUAUUUGCGGACGAUUUUGGCUUGAAUCUUUUGGAUGGGCUUUCUCCCAGCAAUGUUUUGGAGAAUUCUGUGUCGACUUCCAGCCAAGCUGUCACUUCAACGCCAGAUUCACAGAACGAAUCAUCUUCAAUUGUUACUCAGCAGUUCGAGUUUUUGUCCAGUCUACCUUCUCUCAGCCAAAUCAGCAGUCCUUUGGCCCAUUCCACUCCUGUUCCCAGUGGGACCGGCAGUAGUGAGAUUAUACCAGAUAAUGCUGCACACGCUGCUUCAAGCAGUAGCCUUCCUUCGACAGAUUUAUCUCCCGAGGAGCGGAACAAUCCCGAUGUUCCCGAGCGGCCUGUUACUCCAGAAGGCAGUGGUAUCUUGGAAGUCGAUGCCGGCGCACAGACCGUCUGCUCACCGAAGCGACCAUAUUGCCUGGAACCGGAUCUCUGUGCACCUAUCGAGGAAUCUUGCAGUUUAAUCCGGAGUACGGAUUCCUUGCGUGUCAAACUCACCAAUGGAGAUACCGCAGUUGUUUCCCGAUCAAAACUGAAAGACAAUGUGGUUUACCAGCAGAUGCUGAUUGAUUACUACUCUAAGGCAUACGCAUCCCGUGAAAUGCCGGUGACCUCGUCGGACGCGAAUGCGUAAUGCGAUUGUGGGGGGUUAGUGAGGUGUUUUUUAUUUGUGAGGCCAAUGGUGGUGUGGGUAGCUUUUGUAGUUUGCAUUUGUUUGAUAACGGCGCAGAUUCGAGUUGUGCUCGAGCUUGCACUUCGAGUUGUUCUGUUGUAUUUUGUAGCGGUAUCGGUAUUCUCCUUGUUUGAUUUUUUGCCUGAUGAUGUAUUUUUUACUUGGCGA